UUGACGUGUGGAACAUCCAGCAGUUGAAAUGGCGCUAGAUAUGUUUAGCUUAGCCGAAUUCGAAAAACAUUUAACUGCAAAUGAAUUCGGAAAGAAAUUGAUAUACAAAGAUAUGACAGAGACGACAAUGGACGAUGCUUUGAACGCUGCAUAUGAAGGAACACCAAAUGGCACUGCUAUCAUGGCUGAACAGCAGUCUAAGGCUAGAGGAAUGAAGAACCGCAAAUGGAACGCACAAAACACAGGAAACAUUUACAUAUCUUAUGUUUACCACAGAGUAGCAGUCCUGGAGGAUCCCAGACGAGAUGAGUGCCUGAUGGAGGUUUCCGCAGCUCUGGCUGUCUACACGGCAUUACAUGACAUUGGUGUAGAGGGUAUCAACAUCAAAUGGCUAAAUGACAUCUGGGUUAGAGGUCAUAAAAUGGCAGGAAUUUUGGUGGAAGAUAAAGGACCAUUGCCUACUGACCAAUCAAAACGUUUGUGUAUUGUUGGCAUUGGUGUGAAUGUGAAUGCCGAUGUACGCAGACACCCAGAACUACACAAGAUAUCCACAAGCGCCCGCAGUCAGCUGAAGGGUAAUAUUGUUAAUCGUGAAGAGUUCCUGGCUAAAAUGAGCAAGUACCUAGAGGACUUCUUGCCGCUGACGAAGGAAGAUUUAUUCCAGAGAGCCAUCAAAUACCAGCUUUUCCAGCUUGGUGAUCCAGUCAAGAUUCACAGCGAAUUGAAUCAAAAAGUGACUGAUGGGACACUGGAGGAAUUUAUGGACAACUGGUCCAUCAAGCUUAAAGAUGACAGUGGUAAAGUGUGGACAGCUAUAGCCGACCACUACUCCAUUCGGCCAUGUUCCACUUCUACAGUUUAUGUGUACAAUGGAAAGAUGGCGUGUCCCUGGAGCUCAGAAGCCUUGCUCAGAGGCAUGUCGUCACUUGUUAAUACCACUCACACAACCAUUACCCUUCUUAAUGACACCAAGAUGAAAGAAGGGCACUGGAAAAAGGAUGCUGCAUUGCUGGCUAUUGGAGAGAUCUCACUAACUACUGAGGAUAUCAGCUCUGCCCAUCAGGUGUUUACAGAUAUACUGAGCUUCAUAGAAAAUGGCGGGGUGGUGAUGAUGAUGGGAAAUGUAUCAGGAUUGUUCAGCACCUACCUACAGUCCAAGUCAUCAACAGAAACAACUUGUAACCUGCAGUCAACUGCUGGAACAUCUGCUGAUAAUUUCCAAUCAGGUCGCAUUGUUACCCUGGACUUGAAGUGUGGAGAUCUUAAUCAGAUGUUUGGGUAUUGCAACAGUAAGGAAGAUGUUACUUUCCAGGAAAAAACAGGACAAUCGUCAGAAGUUCUCGCCUGUUAUGGAAACCAUGAACCGGCAGUUGUUGUUUCUACAUAUGGCAAGGGAUCCUGUAUUCUGCUAGGUUUCAAUGUAGAGAUAACAUAUGUGGAUGAGAGUAUUCACUUGUCAGACGCUGAGCUGAGUAACCUGCGAGACACUGUGUUUGUAAGGGAUGAACUCCUACUCAACAUUCUUAAAAGGUUUGGAUUGUGAUAGCUUUAUCAUUCCUUAUACUUUGCGUCAGUUGCAAACAUUCCUUUCACAAAAUAGUUUGAUUAUUGUAAACUUGCCUUCAAAAUAUAAUAUCAUGAUCAGAUAAUUAAGCCUCUUUUACCUUGAUUUAUGUCUGUUAAUAUGGAUUUACUGGUUAUUACAUUAAUAAUAUUGAAUGAUUAAAAGAGAAAAUUUUACAUUUUGGUGAUCAAGAUUCAAAUAAAAUCGCAAUUUCCGAGAUCCUCAUGUUUAAACUAAUUAUCCUCCCCCGCCCCUCACCUGAAGGGGAUAUAACAGACAUGUCAACUUCAGUUCAUUGAUUCCUUAAAUAACAAUGUCAUUUCUUUAAUUAAUUUCAAGUUAAUGGUGUCAGGGUCACUGGUACUAUAAAUAGAAAAUUAAUUUAGGUUUCAUUAGAAAUCACAAAAGAGUCAGUGGUCAGUCAACUUAUCCAGGGGUGGAGGUGAUGAUUACUUUUCAACAUGAUCUCGACAAUGUUAGUGAUUUACACAUUAACAGUAAGACACUUAUAACAGAAGCCUUGUUACAGUCAGCACAAUAAUGUCGGAUAAUAAAUCGGCCGGCAGCCUCCAUGUUAUAGUGAUUCAAUGAUACACAUGUACCUUGUUUGCUUUGCAGCAAUGGACAUUCAUGGUAUCUUAAUAUGGUAGUUGUUUUUUAAGGUACAGGUCAUCAUACAUAAAAAUUUGACGCAAGUUUUAUUAAUUUCAAUGAAAAAAAUAAUUGUCAGAGUAUGACAAUAUUUUGCAUUUACCAAGUGAGAGAUGCAUAUGUUUGGUGUCUCUUGUUACUGGUCACUAUAAGGAUUUGCAAUAGACAAGAUUCUUAUUGCUAUUAUAUUGAUGUAAUAUUUUGUUGUUGAAUUUUUAAUAAAAAUCCUUGUCAGGAUUAUUGUAAAUGUACAUAAUUUAGUGGUUUACACACUGAAAGUUAAUAUUUACUCAAUUAUGAUUGCACAAAUUGCAGGUGCUUCAUGCUGAUUUUAAAGUAAUUACUUUGGAUUCGUAAAUUUAUUGUUGGCUAUUUAACUUGUUAGUGAUAUGUACUAGAAUUUUGAUUUUACCAAAUCAGGUUAUAUUUACACUAUUCAGAUGUUUCAUAUCUGUCUAGAGUCAAACAUGCUCCAUUAACUUUCUGAUAUCAGUCUUGAAUUCAUCUUAAGACAGAUUUGAAAUACGUUAAUAGAACAACAGAUAAUUGGGUAUCCUCGAUACAAUGGUGGUUACGAUGAUUUCCGCGCUAAUUGUUAGUGAUCCGAGUAACUCCUGGAAUUUUGAGGAUGAUGAUUGGAACAGUGACAAUCCAUCUGUACAUGGACUGAAUUUAUUUUUGAUUAAAUAACAUGUACUUGGUGAAGGGUAAAUGAUGUAUACAAUGGAGAGUUUUUUUGCCUUAUGUUUGUCUGGGCAUUUUUUUCAUAGCAUAGCACAUUAGUUAUUCAUGGACAUGAUUAUGUAAUAUGCAUUAACUGUGAGGGUAAGAGUACUCUUUGUAAUGUAUUUCAGGUAACAAAUUUGUUAGAAAAUGCAUUUAACUGGCUUCCAGUCGAAGUCUGUAUUUGUAUCAUGAUGGAAAACUUUAAUUAAAAAAAAUACAUUAACAAGUUUUUCACAAUAAGUUGGAGUACAAGUCAUAUUCUGUGAUAGUUUAAAUUUCAAGGUGUUUAUUUUGUGUAAUAAGGAAUACAUGUACUGUAUAUUGGGAUGUUUUUGCCCACCACAGAAGACUUCAUCUUCAAUAAGUGUUUUAUUCACCCUGUUAUUCAAAAGUAUGUGCAUGGAAUACAUACUUCAGUUUUGAAAUCUUUGUUUUUGCUCAGUUGACCAAAGGGUGGAACAGACAAAACUUAAAGUGCUUCAAAAAGUUUUAGUUUAUACAGUAAACACAAUCUUGUGUCAAACGUUGUUGUGACCCUCAAAAUAGAUAUAUGGUUACAGGCUGGAAUUGAUCUUUUUCACAUAACCGAGUUGUGGUAUCAUGUCAUGAAUAUCGUAAGACAUGUGUAAAUGUAACUCUGUUUUGAGGUCAUAUGUAAGUCACAUCCCGUGAAAAAUGCACCAUCUGCAUCAAAACAUGUCGGUCUUAUAGGGAAGUUAGUUUUUCCUUAUAUUUGAGAAAUACGGGUUAUAUGAUAAAUAAAUUCUUACACUCAUGAUGAUGCAGUAUGGAAUUAGUGAAAUUUGUUUAAUAAUUUGAUUGAAUCCUUCAACAAGUUUAAUGUACAUGGGCAUUCAUGUGAGAUCCUCUGUGGAUAAUUGAUUUUACUUCAUUAGUUGUACUCCAACAUCUCCUAAUGCAAUGCACAGAUCUAAAAAGCAAAUUAACUGAAAAUUAUGUUUUUUGUUAAGUGUACAAUAAUAAAGAAUAAU